UGCCGCGGCACUUUCGGGCUCGGAGCUUUAUUAGGAGCGAUCAGCGAAUGAGGAGACAGAGGAGCUGCGCUCAUCUCCACCUUUAAAUCCGACCUGGGUCCCUCUUUACCUCUCUUAACUGAAUCUAACUAAAGCGAGCUUGAUGUGAGGAACAAAAAAAAAACAAUCACUUCUUUUUUCCCUUCUCUCACCCUCACAGUGCACCUCUCCACUACAUCACCUUUAGUUUUUUGCUUUUUUAAUUUUUAUUUUAAUGGUACCUCCUUGGAUACUUGGCUUAAAGCACGGCUUCACCUGGGCACAUCUUUUCUGAAGUCUCACCAAAUACGGCACCAAGAUUUCUUCUGCAACUUUAACGCACAUCAGGGAAAAAUCCACCGACAGGGAAAACAAAACAAAGUAGUUUUUUUUUUUCUUUUUUUUUUCUUUCGCACAAAGAAGCGUUAAAGUUACACAAUGAGUCUCAAAUCAGAUUCUGAGCCGAACAACAAUGUAUCAUUAGAGGAGGAGGUACGAACCCUUUUUGUCAGUGGCCUGCCUGUAGACAUCAAGCCACGGGAGCUGUACCUGCUGUUCAGGCCAUUCAAGGGAUAUGAAGGGUCUCUCAUUAAACUAACCUCAAAGCAGCCUGUUGGCUUUGUUACCUUUGACAGCAGGUCUGGAGCUGAAGCAGCGAAAAACGCGUUAAAUGGAAUUCGCUUUGACCCGGAGAAUCCUCAGACGCUGCGCCUGGAGUUUGCCAAGGCUAACACCAAGAUGGCAAAGAGUAAGCUGAUGGCUACACCCAACCCCUCAAGCCUACACCCAGCUCUUGGGGCUCACUUCAUUGCCCGGGACCCAUAUGACCUGACUGGAGCAGCACUAAUCCCAGCAUCUCCAGAGGCAUGGGCCCCGUACCCACUCUACACCACUGAGCUGACCCCUGGCCUGCCUCACGCAGCCUUCACCUACCCUGCAGCCGCUGCAGCCGCCGCUGCCCUGCACGCCCAGGUGAGGGACCAACCGAUGCGCUGGUACCCCUCGCCAUCCGACACCUCACAGCCCGGAUGGAAAUCCCGCCAGUUCUGUUAAGUAUUUAAAGCCCACCAGUAACUGAAGGUUUUUCUUUCUUCUUUUCCUCCCUCUCUCCUUCCGUGUGGAGCAAGGCGUGUACUGGGCUUGACGUUUAAUUUAAUCAGGUUUAUUUAACAGAUGCAAGGAGCAUUUAAAGGACUUAUUUUUUCUUUUUUCUUUUUUUCCUGGAGAAAACUCUUCUGUAAAAGGACUCUAAAAGAACAGGACAAGACAGGAUGCUUAUCUACAGCUGGGGCCUCCUGGGCUAAUGGUACAGUCUCUGCGAUUUCAAAGCCAAACAUGUGACGAGCUGAUCAUGUGCAACUUUAAACAUUCUAGCUGCUCUCUUAUUGGUUGAGUGAGUGUGUGAAUGUCUGCAUAUGUGUAGGUGUGUGUUCGGGGGGAGGGGGACAAUCAUUAUGCAUGUUUGAGUAUAGUAUAUGGCAUGAAAUAUAGAAUGCAAAGCUCUGUAUGUUUUGGUUUCUCUUUCUUCUUUGUGUUGCUGUUGUGAGAAGACCUGCUUAACCCCUUUUAUUGUUUUUCUCUGUAAUCCGCUAGUCCUGCUUCUGUGAAGAUCUUUGCGCUUGACUUGCUUUUUACAUGUAUGGUGUUAUUUGCAAGGUAGAGGCCUACAUCUUGUUACUAUGGAGUCUUGUUUUGUUUGUGUGUUCAGAAUGAAAUUCCACAUGCACUGGGUUUAUUUUGGUUCUUCUUUAAAUCCUUUAUGAUCUUGACUGUAAACUCGUCCGAGGUGGACGAGUCCUUCCGAGACCCUUUUCCUUCAGGCCUCGAAUGCAUCGCCUUCGAACCCGAUCUGCCAAAAUACCGGUAUCUGUGUUUGUUUAGAGUAUAUUUGAACAAAAAAAGAAGUACAAAUAUUUUUGUACAUUUGUGUAAUAAUGGAUAUUUAUGCAUUUUUUUUUUGUGAAAUUAAAUAAGUAUAUCUGUAUAAGAUGUUAAGUCUUCCCUUGUGUUAUUUUGGUAUUAUUUUAAUAGCUGUUGAUUCUGUCUAUAUUCUGUUUAACGUAGAGAAGUGCAAUUUUUGUUUUUUGUUUUGUUUAGUUUUUGUUUUUGCUUGGUGUUGAAUACUGAACUACACAGAUUGUGGCAGAACUGCUAGUUUAAAUGGACUGCUAACAUGAGAUUGCUGUAAAAAGAAUAAAUAAAUAAAAAAAUUGGGAAAUGAUUUUUUUUUUCCUUCCAGAAUGUGAAACUGGAAAAUAAACAGGUUGAUCUGA